AUGAACAAGCUUGUGAAGCCACACUUGCAGGUUAUGCGGAGCGUUUCUGUGGGGCAACCACCUACAAUUCCUGAUACCGAAGGCGUCAAUGAAAUGUUGGCACUGGCUGGUCCUACGGCAACCCUGAUGGAUGUUGCGAAAGGCAUCCUGGAUAGACUUGUGGAAAGACCUGAGCUUGAAGUUCAGGUAGAAGAGAUGCUUUUCCUGAAGGAUUGCUUGGGUGCAAGCCUGGAAACACUGGCAAUGCCGUGUAUGCUUCUUCAGCGUAAUACUGGAGAUGUCACACCAGGCCGCUGCGAUUACUUGAUGAUCUAUGCAAAGCAGGUGAACACUAGUUCAUCAUGUCCUGGGACUCCUGGGAGCCGGUCACGGACUCCAUCAGUAGCUUUUUCUCGACCGCCACCCUCAUGGGAGUCUCUGGAUGCGCGCAUGCUGGAUGAGUUUGACCAGUGGGAUUUUGACAGCUUUGAGCUCGCUGAAGCGACGAAGGGCAACCCUUUGCACUUUGCUGGGUGGAAAGCUUUAGACGGAUUCCUUGGAGAACAGUCGGCAUUGCGUGUGAUGGCGCUGCAUGCUAUGGAUAUUUCAAACCCUGCGAAAGUCUUUUCUUUGUCUGACAAGUGGUCAGAUUUGCUGCGACAGGAGUUCUUUCUGCAGGGGGACGAGGAGAAGCACCUGGGACUGCCAAUUUCACCACUUUGCGACCGAGAAACUGUGCGUUUUGCAAGCUCGCAGGUGGGUUUCUUCACUAUCAUCGUGCAGCCAACUUUCACUCUCAUGGCUGAGCUGCAGCAUCGUGUUAAGGAUGUGCUGCUGACUCAUCUUCAGACCAAUACUGAAGCUUGGGAAGCACGAAAGAAGAAGGAGCAACUUGGCGAGAUGAUCAAUGUUUGA